CGUCGUCCCAAAUAUACAAACCAUCUCCCAAGAGAUUCUCCCAACACUACUGAUUAUUCUUUCAACCUCCAUACCUCAGAAACGAUGCCAGGAACUAACACGACCGAGACUAUAUCCCCCGACUACCUCGUCAUCGGUGCGGGUGCUAUGGGCAUGGGCUUCGUUGAUGCCCUGAUCUCCGCAAAGAAGGAGAUCACGGUGGCCAUUGUCGACCGCUAUUCCCGUCCGGGGGGCCACUGGACAGUUGCCUACCCAUUUGUCACCCUUCACCAACCGUCCGACGUCUACGGUGUCAACUCUCGAAAGCUUGGAGAUGAGAAGAUUGAUCAAGUUGGAUACAACAAGGGCCUCGCUGAGGUAGCAACGGGCGACGAGAUUGUUGCCUAUUACUCCAAGGUCCUGAACACUACUAUCCUUCCGUCUGGUCGCGUUACCUACUACCCACUGCACAACUACACUGGUGAUGGAGAGUUCCAAUCAAUUACCACAGGAAAGAACAUCCGGGUUGGACCAAACACUCGUAUUGUGGACUCCACAUACGUGAAGGUCACAGUUCCCUCUAUGAACCUACCUUUAUAUGAGAUCUCAGACAAAGCCAAUCUUGUCACGCCUAACGCUUUAGCAACACUAAAGCGUCCUUAUGGUGCCUAUACAAUUGUUGGAGCUGGCAAAACUGCAGUUGACGCAUGCUCCAUUAUCAUGGGGUCUAAAACAUCUCACGAAAUGUUUCAUCGCAUGGAGAAGCUGGGUCAUGCCCACCGUCUAGACAAGAGCAUUGAGCCUACUAUGUUUAGGCACGCGAUUGUUACAAAGGCAGAGUUUGAAGAGGUUAAGAAAGUCAAGAACGUCAUACGUCAGGGACGAGUCAAGCGCAUUGACCCAGACACAGUUACUCUAGAGAAGGGCACAUACACUCCUGCGCCUGACACUCUCUUUAUUGACUGCACUGCGCCUGGUUUAGGAAACCUGCCACCUGUGCCUGUCUUUAAUGGCAGAAACAUUACAAUCCAGAACGUAAAGUUCUUCCAGCCUACGUUUAGUGCUGCUUUUAUUGGACACGUUGAAGGUAGUUACAGUGAGGAGAAGCUUAAGAACCAUCUUUGCGACCCUUUCCCGUACACUAAAGUACCGGCGGAUUACCCUACAACGCUUCUGGCUUCUAUGGAGAACAGACUCAGGUGGAUGGAGGAGCCCAAGGUUACUGAAUGGUGUGCAAAGUCUCGUCUUGACUUUCCUGUCAUGGGCCCGCCGCCUAGGGAUCCUGAGAAGGCCGCAGCUUUCAAUGGCAGUGUUGAGCAACAAAUCAGAGGCCUCUGUGACCACUUGAAAGAGAUGAUAAAGAACGACGCUGCAAGUGUAGCCUAGCUGCAGUUUAGAAGUCUUCUUUAGGACAAUCCUUCUUUUCUUAGCAAUCUGUCUGUUGAAUUUAUUAAGCAUUUGCAUUUAAAAUAAAUGUAUUCUACUAAAAGGUUUAGUUAGAUUAGUUUUUGCGUAUCCUAAUACUCGUU